AAUCUCAAGGUCGAUCAAAUUUGCGUUCGUUUAAUCGUGAUUGCUAUUCCCGUGGAAAUAUGAAAGGUGGUUUAACAAGGAACUGCAAAGCAAACAACAAAGGUGAGAAUAAGUUUGGUAAAUGCUUAUCUUGUGGCAAAUUUCAUUUUCGUAAUUCAUGUGCAUUUCGUAAUGCUAAAUGUUUUAAAUGUGGCAAGAUAGGACACAUUCAGUCAGUGUGCAAAACUACUGUUCACUUUGCUUCAAGUAUUACUAAGUCUGGUAACUUAGAUCCCAACAAUUCGGCUGUUCUUGAUGAUCAUUUAUCUUUAUCCACUACUUCAAAAGGGAAUGUUCAUAUUCAAAAGCGAUUAUAUACAUCCCUUGGUUCAUUUCAUGACUUUAUUGUGGACACAGGUAAUCCUAAUGUUGUGGUAAAACCCACUGAGGUUUCAAUACUGGGGAUUACUGGACACAGACUACCUAUACGAGGAUGUUGUAAAUUGCUAAUAAGAGAUGAUAAUUCUUCAUACGUACCUUGUGAAUUUUUAGUUAGUGAAACAGGACUGUCCAUACUGGGUUUAAAAAAAUCUGAAAAGGCUUAAAGUGGAAUUGUCUCUACUAGUUUCUACAGAGAAUUCUGAUGCUUUACUCAAGGAUUUGAUAGCUGUGUGUGCUAAGUGUAGUGGAGGUAUGAAAAUUCAGCCCAUUAAACUUCAAGUACAGGGUGAUCCGGUCUUUCUUAAAAGACGAAUAAUUCCUUAUGGUCUUCGAGAAGCAGUACAUAAGUCACUGAAUGAUUUGUGUGCGAAAGGUAUAAUUGAACCAGUUCAGUCCUCAGCAUGGGGUACUCCUAUUGUUACGCCAUUGAAAUCGGAUGGCAAGACCCCUAGAAUAUGCGGUGAUUACAGAUUGACACUGAACUCCCGUUUGUUGAAGCAAACAUGCACGACGAUGGAGGCUGAAGAUAUUCUAAAUCGGCUUCAUGGUUCUAAAGUGUUCUCGAAAGUUGACUUGAAAUAUGCUUAUCUUCAAAUUCCUUUAGAUCAAUCUUCAUCUAUCUUGACAACAAUUAACACUCCUUUUGGUCUGUUCAAAUACAACUUCCUUCCAUUUGGUCUUAGUUGUUCUCCAGCCAUAUUUCAAGAGGUCAUGAAUAAGAUAGUCAGCGAUAUUGAAGGUGUUGAAGUUUAUCAAGAUGAUCUCAUUGUUCAUGGUGCUGAUAAAGUAGUCCAUGACCAGAGACUUAUUGCUUUAUUGCGUCGUUUAAUUGAGAAGAACAUUACAGUGAAUCCAAAUAAGUGUUCAUUUAGUGUAUCUAGUUUUGAAUGCCUUGGAUACCUAGUUGAUGGUAAUGGUUUUAGACCAGAUAUGAAACGACUAGCUCCACUGACAAAUGCACCGUCUCCAAAAAACAUCACAGAAUUACGUUCACUAGUGGGUGCUCUUCAGUACUAUUCUCGUUUUAUUCCUAAUUUUUCUUGUCGUGCCAAUUGUUUAUUUAAUAUUUUGACAUCCAAUUCAUUCAAAUGGGGUGAAGAACAAGAGUCAUGCCUACGAAGUCUGCUAAAGUUUCUUCAAAGUGAUGCUGUCCUUCGAACUUACUCACCCAGUGUACAUUCUGUUCUUAUUACUGAUGCGUCACCUGUAGGUAUUGGUGCAGUUUUGGAACAGGAAGGUAGGCCAGUUAUAUGUGUUUCACGCAAACUUUCUGUUGCUGAACAAGGUUAUUCACAAACGCAGCGAGAAGCGUUAGCUGUGUUUUGGGCUGUUAAAAGACUUCAUAAAUAUUUAUUUGGAAAGAAGUUUACCAUUGUUACUGAUCAUGAAGCCUUAAAGUUCAUUUAUCAUCCUGACAAAUCCUUAGCACGUUCCUCAGCUGCUAUGGUUCAACGAUGGAGUAUUGCUUUGAGUGCUUAUGACUAUACGAUUCAGCACAGGAGUGCAAAACAAAUUCAACACGUUGAUUACAUUUCUCGACAACCAUUACAAGAUAGACCUGUUAAUACUUCAGACUGCUUGUUAGUGCAACCUUUACCGGUGAGACGUCCAGAUCUCAUUAGAGAAACUCGUAGAUACUUUGGAUGUAUACUCAGUGCUAUACGGAAGGGUUGGAAUGCUAAUCUGAAACGUAGAUUUCCUGUCUAUUAUUCAAAGCGGGACGAGUUAUCUACUACUCCUGACGGUAUUUUGUGUUUAAAUGAUCGUGUUGUUAUUCCUCCUUCAUUACGCAAACCUGUCCUUGAUGAUCUUCAUAGUGGACAUCUUGGUGUUGAGAAAAUGAAGUCCUUAGCAAGACUCACAUGUUGGUGGCCAGAGAUAAAUGCAGAUAUAUGUCGUACAGCAAACAAUUGUGAGAAAUGUCAUAAGCUAAAAAGUCUGCCUUCGAAGUGGACUCCAUGGCCAGUAUCGUCUGAGGCCUGGCAGAGAAUUCAUGCAGACUACUGUGGUCCAUUUCUUGGCAAAUACUAUGCACUUGUAAUUAUUGAUUCUUUUUCUAAGUGGCCUGAAGUUUUUUUCACAACUUCACCGAAUUCUGACUUCACAAUUCAAGCAUUAAGGAAGGUGUUUAGUCGAGAAGGAGUUCCCAUGGUGUUGGUGACUGAUAAUGGCUCUCAUUUUGCUGCAGAUGCAGUCACUAAUUGGUUAAAUGGUAUAGGGUGCAGACAUCUGUUUACGGCUCCCAGGCACCCUUGUUCCAAUGGUCAGGCAGAAAAUUUCGUAAGAACAUUGAAAAUUGCUAUUGAUUCUAUUGCUGCUUCGACAUUCAAUGAACUGGAGAGGGGAGUAGAUACAUUUCUACUUCAAUAUAGAAAUGCUAAGCAUUCUGUGACGAAAGAGACUCCAUCAAAGCUAUUAAAAGGAAGAAUUCUCCGUUCGAAUAUGAGGUGUUUGGAGUCUGCAGAAGUUACGUAUUAUCGUGGUAAUGAUCUUCGACCAGCCACGGGGAUCGUAGUGAAGAAUGUUGGAAAAUCUAUGGUGCGAAUUCUGGAUAUCAAUGACUUGACCAUACAUAACCGACAUGUUGAUCAAAUACAAUACCAGAAUCCAGGUGAGUCUGUUCCAAUUUCGGUUGUUAAUUCUAAUACUAAUGAGUGCAUUCUAGAUAAUACAGAGUCUACAUCCAAUACACCGUCGGACAGAUGUAAGAUGAACUUAAGAAGAGGACGAACAAUCGAUUGCAGACACUUACACUCCAAUUCGAGCUGUGGCGGAUGUGAUGUUUAAAUAAAUCAAUGACUUCUUAGUAUUGAUGACUGUUGUAAUUUUGAAUUCAAAAUACAAUACAUUCGUUCGAGUUC